AUCUAUUAGCUAUCAGUUUUAUCUAAACUGCUAAUUCCAACCUCCCCCUAUUACUCUUGUUAUUUCAUUGUUUUCAUAGGAAGAAAAAUAUCUCACCGUCUCUCACAAAUUCACAAUUCGACUUGAUCCAUUGUUCGGCCUACUCUCUCAUGGGCCAAAGGCUAAAACUAAAAUCGCUAACUUUGAAAUAGGGCCCGUAUUUGUGUUUCUUUACAGGCCCAUAUUUUUCAAGCCCCCCGGUGCUUCAGCUUCGCACACUCCACACUACUUUCUUCCGGAUCCGUUUUUCAUUCACCGUGGAACAGUCUCCCUUUCUCUUCCGAUGGCUCCUCCGCGAAUUCUGCUCUGCGGCGACGUUCUCGGCCGCCUUAACCAGCUCGUCAAGCGAGUGCAAUCGGUUAACAAAUCAGCCGGUCCAUUCGAUGCUCUUUUUUGCGUCGGCCAGUUCUUCCCGGACUCGCCGGAUCGCCUCGAUGAAUUCAUGGAAUACGUUGAAGGCCGAGCUCAGAUUCCGCUGCCGACUUACUUCACUGGCGACUACGGCGUUGGAGCUGCUAAAGUUCUAUUGGCUGCUUCAAGGAACUCGGGAAAUCUAGGCUUCAAGAUGGAUGGUUUCAAGGUUUCUGAAAAUUUGUUCUGGUUAAAAGGCAGCGGCAAGUUUACUCUCCACGGUUUGUCUAUUGUUUACCUAUCUGGUAGGCAAUCUUCAGAAGCUCAACAGUUUGGAACAUACAGUCAAGAUGACGUUGAUGCUUUACGAGCUUUGGCUGAAGAACCUGGAAUUGUUGAUCUGUUCCUGACAUAUCCUUUUUGCCUUUUCCAUGAAUGAAGUUUUUAACUAUUUAGGAAGUUUAAUGCACAAUGUUGCUUGUUUUUGUGGUUUCCUAGUUAUUUCUUUGACUUCCUUAACUGCUUUUCACUAAUGAAUGGCCGAGUGGGGUGACAAACAGAGCUUCUGUAUCUGAUGUUCCUGUGGGUAUCUCUGAUUCGUCUGGUAGUGAUUCUACCAUAUGUGAGUUAGUGGCAGAGAUCAAACCACGGUAUGUGACCUUAUGAAAAUUAUUCUAGGCAUCAUGUGUGCAGACAUACUGGUAUGGUGGUAUUCAACUUGUUUGAAAGUUCUUCUUCACAUUUCUUAUUCUUGUCUAAAUUACUAGACAUUAAUUUUAAAAUUCUAAUUAAAUUUUAAUAUUGCA